AUGAAAUACUCAUGGAGAGCAACCCAAGAGACGAUGAGACUUCAUCCUCCAGCUCCUGGUGCAUGGCGGCAGUGCAUUGCAGAUAUCUCCUAUAGUGGAUACACCAUUCCCAAGGGAUGGAAGGCUUGCUGGGUAUCAUUUUCAACCCACAUGAAUCCAGAGCAUUUUCCUGAUCCAGACAAGUUUGAUCCAUCGAGGUUUGAAGGGAGUGGACCACCUCCCUAUACUUUUGUGCCAUUUGGAGGUGGACCACGCAUGUGCCCUGGGAAUGAAUAUGCUCGAAUGGUCAUACUUGUGUUUCUGCACAACGUAGCGAAACAUUUUAAAUGGAGUUUGGUAGAUGCUGAUGAGAAAAUUGCUGCUGAUCCCAUUCCUCGACCUACCAAUGGACUACCUCUGAACCUCCGUCCUCAUUCCAAUGAAUAA